AUGACGGGCGGAAGGUUCGACUUCGACGAUGGCGGCACCUACUGCGGCGGCUGGGAGGAGGGCAAGGCGCACGGGCAUGGCAUCUGCACGGGGCCCAAGGGCCAGGGCGAGUACUCGGGCUCCUGGUCGCACGGCUUCGAGGUGGUCGGAGGCUACACCUGGCCCAGCGGCAACACCUACCAGGGCUACUGGGCGCAGGGCAAGCGGCACGGGCUGGGGGUGGAGACGAAGGGCAAGUGGAUGUACCGGGGGGAGUGGUCACAUGGCUUCAAGGGGCGCUACGGGGUCCGGCAGAGCCUGUGCACCCCCGCCCGCUACGAGGGGACCUGGAGUAACGGGCUGCAGGACGGGUACGGCGUGGAGACCUACGGGGACGGAGGUACCUACCAGGGCCAGUGGGCCGGCGGCAUGCGGCACGGCUACGGCGUGCGCCAGAGCGUGCCCUACGGCAUGGCCACGGUGAUCCGCUCGCCGCUGCGCACGUCGCUGGCCUCGCUGCGCAGCGAGCAGAGCAACGGCAGCGUGCUCCACGACGCCGCGGCCGCCACCGACAGCCCGGCCGGCACCCGCGGCGGCUUCGUGCUCAACUUUCACGCCGACGCCGAGCUCUCGGGCAAGAAGAAGGGCGGCCUCUUCCGCCGGGGCUCCCUCCUGGGAAGCAUGAAACUGCGCAAGUCCGAGUCCAAAUCGUCCAUCUCAAGCAAGCGCAGCUCGGUCCGCAGCGACGCGGCCAUGAGCCGGAUCAGCUCCAGCGACGCCAACUCCACCAUCAGCUUUGGCGACGUCGACUGUGACUUCUGCCCCGUGGAGGACCACGUGGACGCCACCACCACGGAGACCUACAUGGGCGAGUGGAAGAACGACAAGCGCAGUGGCUUCGGCAUCAGCGAGCGCUCCAACGGCAUGAAGUACGAGGGCGAGUGGGCAAACAACAAGAGGCACGGCUACGGCUGCACCGUCUUUCCCGACGGCUCCAAGGAAGAGGGCAAAUACAAAAAUAAUAUUCUGGUCCGCGGAAUAAGGAAGCAGCUGAUACCAAUAAGAAAUACAAAAACUAGGGAGAAGGUGGACAGAGCGAUCGAAGGCGCACAACGGGCAGCCGCCAUGGCAAGAACCAAAGUGGAAAUAGCGAACUCCAGGACCGCCCACGCGAGAGCCAAAGCCGACGCCGCAGACCAGGCCGCGCUGGCCGCCCGCCAGGAGUGUGACAUCGCGAGAGCUGUGGCCCGAGAGCUGUCGCCUGACUUCUACCAGCCAGGCCCAGAUUAUAUCAAACAGAGAUUUCAGGAAGGUGUAGAUGCUAAAGAAAAUCCCGAAGACAAGGUCCCGGAAAAGCCCCCCACACCAAAGGAAUCGCCUCACUUCUACCGCAAAGGCACCACACCCCCAGAGUCUCCUGAGCCAAGUCCCAGAGAAGGCCGCUCUCCCUCCCCAAAGCCCGCAAGGAAGCAGAACCCCAGUUCAGGGGCGAGACUCAACCAGGACAAACGCAGCGCGGCUGAGGAGAAGGUGACGGCUGCUGUCAACAAGCCCUUGGCCUCCAAGGCGCCCCCGAAGGAGGCGGGGGCGGCCGUGCCCUCCUCCAAGUACUCUGGCCGCCACCACAUCCCCAACCCCAGUAACGGGGAGCUGCACUCUCAGUACCACGGGUACUACGUGAAACUGAACGCCCCCCAGCACCCUCCGGAGGACACGGAGGAGGAGGGGUCGAGCCAGUCUUCCUCGGCACUGGUGCACAAGCCGUCACCCAACAAGUGGAGUCCCCCUAAAUCUGUGACAAAACCAGUUGCCAAAGAAAGCAAAGCUGAGCCAAAAGCUAAGAAGUCUGAACUUGCUAUACCAAAGAACCCAGCGAGCAGCGAUGCACGCCCUGCUUUGGAAAAAGAAGCCAAUUCAGGCCCUAAUUCAAUCAUGAUCAUCCUCGUCAUGCUGUUGAAUAUCGGGUUGGCCAUUCUUUUUGUUCACUUUCUAACUUGA